AUGCCUAGGAGAAAACUGUCACCCUCAGAUCGAUUACGCAAGUUCAAGCUGCGUCAACAUAAUAUUGCGGAAGUCCCAGGCCACCAGUUUAUUGAUUAUGAUGCUGGCAAAAGCGCUCUGCGCAUAAUGUUGGACUUUGCGAACGUUUACUCGCUUUCUGGAAAGGAAAUCAUCUACGACAAUUUGAUCAAGAUUUUACCAAAACACGCCAACCAUACGUCGACUGUCUAUCUCGGACUUGUCUUUGAACCUAGGCAUACGGAUUACAGUGCAUACAACGAAUCUCGCCGUGGGAUACUCGAGAGAGUUGUAGAGGAAAUCAACAAGUUCCAACAUUUGGUCGAAGUUCACUUCGUUCUCCACCUCCAUUACCUCGUAUUCGAUCAGAUCCGACCUGCCAGUGCGAUCUACGGAUUGAAUUUUCAGUCAUGGACUUUCGAUAUCUUGACUGAUGAUGUAGCACAUAUUGAGCAUGACAGCGCCAUUGAUCGAUUGUUGAAGCCACAAUCCUAUCAGUGUCCCUUGAUUUUCUCGAAAAAGCCAGGGAUUUUGCCUGGCGCAGGGGAGGAAGCAUGA